AUGAAUUCAUUCAAUGGAAGUACUGUGUCAGUGGAGCUUGAAUGCUCCAGACCUCAAGAUGUAUUCAGUAUAGAAAUCGUACGGCAUAUAAAUUGCACCACGAAGUCAUGCAGUGGUCACAUCAUCCAGACUGACUUCAGCUCGAUUGAUGUGCUGCGUUUUAACCGCACGUUUACCUGGAAUCUAACGGCUGCAGCGCCAAAAGCUUUCCAAAUAGAUUUCACUAACACGGGUCUUAAACAGAUCAGUCCAUCUGAGAAAUGUCCAGACAGACACACCUACACCCUCCAGGCCUUCCAGUCUACGGGCAAUGUGGCUGUGGGGAAGUACUGCAGAAGUGGCACCAUCAGCAGUGCUCAGAUUUUGAAAAGUGGCAGCUUUUCUGUGGACGUCCCAGCAGAGCAGAAGCUGCAAAAUGACAAGUUUAAUGUGACUGUGGGGGAAAAAAUCAAGUCUCUUGCCCGAAUUUCUCUGACUUUACCAAAAGGGAUCUCUUCCUCAGAGCUGCUCUCGCCGGACUACCCAGAGAGUUUUCCUGAUGACGACAUCAUGGAGUGGUACUUUCAGGUCCCAGACAAACACAGGGUUGAUGUUCAGUUUCUAAACCUCACACAGCCAGAUUGUGUGAAGAAGGAAGCAGCAGUGGAGUACCACCAGAAAGGCAGGGUGACAUCAGUUCUGGGGCUCAUGGACGCACAGCCGCUCCAGAACCAGGGAGACUUUUUGCUCACGCUGAGGAACUGCGAGAUGGAGAGAGCACCUGCUGAUUCUCCUGGACUCACCUUCACUCUCAAGGUCUCCAUCACAUUAUUGUCAUGUAAAGUAGAUCUCAGCAAAACUGAGGGCCUUUCUCUGAACAUUUCUACGUUGGCACCGACCCCUGACUGCGUGAUGAAAAUAAACUCAGUGAAAAAAGACAACAUCACAAUCACAUCAAGUGCUGAUCUGUCUUUUGAGGACUGCUUUCCUGACAACAUGGAAGUCACAGCCAAGCAAGUCAUAGAUUGUAGUUCUGGUAAAUGUCCUGAUCCAGUCAGUCUGUCGGUGCCUCUGCUGCCAUCAUGCCUCCCUGCACCUCUGAGCCGUGUGACGUGGAUACUCCGUCCCGGUCGGCACGGCACGGUAAAGCUGAUUUCUCCCACCGGGCCCCUCAAGCAGUCCCUACCCGGACAGCUAUGUGAUGACAGUGUCACUAUUGAUGUGGCAGAAGAGAAUGGAGCAACUAUUGGGACCUUCUGCCCCGACGGAGCCAUACAGACCGUCCAGAUUCACACAAGUGUGUCUGUCACAUGGUGGUCCAGCAUGAAUGCUAAAGCACCAAGAUCAGCUGUGUUGAAUGCCAGUUUUGAAAAUGAGAUUACAGAAAGAUACAUAUUCACCGUUUUUCCAAAGAGAGACACCCCAGAACUUGUGGCUACUCCAGCUUGGCCAGCAGGAAUGAAGGCCUACUCCACCGUCUCCUGGAUUGUCUCAGUUCCUCCGAAGAUGGAGGCGCAGCUGAUUUUUACCAAGCUCAGCCAGCCCAAGUGCAGCAACCGCCACACCAACAUCCGGGUGCAAAGAAUGGGCAGCCCCGAGGAGGACUACAGCCGCAGGGAGGAUGAGGUGGCCAAUAGCGAGCUCACGGUCUCUGAGAGCUUCUACCUCAACAUGUCCAACUGUUUGCCUGAAAGAGGAAACUUCAGCGUAAUUACCAAGAUCUCCCUGCAGAAGAGCAAGGACCUUUUACUAAUCAAGAUCCUGAGUGUGGUGGCUGCUCUGCUGGUCAUUUUUGUCAUGGUGCUGGUUGUGGUCUGUGUGGUGAUUAGGAAGAAGAAGAAGAAGCUCAGUCAUGAAGUCUCUGUCUAUAAUCCAAAUGGCAUCAACUUCCUGCCAGGAUACAACGGACCCCCGAAAACACACGAAGACGAUGACGCUCACGUGUACACCUCCAUCGACGACACACUCGUCUACACACACCUGCUGAAAAAGGGUGCAGAUAUUGGCAUCUAUGGAGAAACAUACCAACCUUUCAUGGGACACACAGACUCUCAAAAGCCACUGCUCUCGUCACAGAAGGGUCCUCCACUUCCCAACAGGUCUCCGAGCCAAGACCAAACCCUGAUGGACCAAAGUGAGGACGAACAGCCUUCAAAUCUGGGGCCUCGGCUGGAGCCAGAGGGCGGCAACUGA